AUGGUGUUCCAAACGUUUCUCCUCCUUCCCACAGUUCUCGGCCUUGUGCACAUUUGCAGAGCUCUCAUGGAGCUUGCAUGGUGGGUUUGGGCCUCAUUUCUAAGGCCAAUGAGAAAUCUGAAGGAGUAUGGGCCGUGGGCCAUUGUGACGGGUCCUACUGAUGAAAUAGGGAAGGCAAUCGCCUUUCGCUUGGCUCGCUACCAUGGCGUCAACUUGGUUCUUGUGGGUCGCAACCCGUCUAAGCUACGCUCGGUUUCCAGUGAGAUACUCAAGAUGAACAGAUCCAUAGAAGUAAGGAGCAUCGAGGUCGAUCUAGCAGGCGACAUCAACGAGGGAAUGGAGAAGAUCAGGGAAGGGAUCAGGGGCCCAGGACCAUUUGGCAUAAAGUAUACGUUGGAAAGUUCUCAAGGAGUCUGCAUGUGGAAUACAAACAACAUGGGAUUGACGUUCAAUGUCAGGCUGGAGGAGUUGCUUGUUGCAAUCCAUGACAUUGAACAUCCAUGGUCCAGGCAGGUUCAUUUGCUUCGUCUUGAGUACAGAUAUUCAUGA